AUGCGCCUACACAGACUAAUCCAACAAUGGACGAACAAAAUAUCCACCGACCCAACCACGUUCCGUUUGUGCACAAAGGCGGAGCGCGUGAGACUCCAGACGCUCGCCGAGGAGUUCGCAAGCCUGUUGGCAGAGGCGGUCAAGAGCGCUUCCACUCCUACGGCGGGGGAAGCGGCGCAGGGCAACUCCAUCCCGGAGCCGAAGCAUUUCUGGCUCGUGCCCAUUCUGCACAGGCUCGCAGACAUCGCGGAGCGACUGGAGCUACCUCGGCACGUACAAUACAAAACUCAACAAGCACGUCUCCCCCCCGUUGCGCCUCAGGCGUCGUACUGCCGGCAACCGGGCGUCAACGUCUUCGAGAACCGCAGAUACUUAUACCCGAUCGGGCAGGCAAUUCGCCAGGCAACGAUGGGCACGUUAGACGACGACCGCUACAGCCAGCCCACCCGCUUCGUCACCAGCGUCCUCUUCGGCCUGUUGAGGAGCGGGGGAGGGGUGGGCGGCGGGGCUAUCGUGCUGGCCGCCGUGUGCAGGUUCCUGUGUGCCGUAUCGAUGGCCACGGUGGACCAGGGCUCCCGUACCGCCCCCCCGCCCCCGGUCCCCGCUCUUCUCAGCGAGGAGGUCGAGAUCUACGAGCAGGUGCUGUCGUGGGCACGGGGAGGGGCACCGCCUGCCUCCGGCGGCGGUGGUAGCUUCGACGCGGCCGCUGCGCAAGCUGCGAUAGAGAAGGGGCGGGAAUUGGUCCGCUUGAACAUGAGGGCUGCUAACCCGGAAGAGGGAAGCAAGAGCGGUGCCGGGGACAAGGGGAAAGGCAAAGCGAAGGUGCCGAAGACGGUGGCGGCUGCGGCGGAACAAGCCUCUGGGGCCCCCGCAGGAGGAGGGAGUGCCUCGUCAGGGAGGGGCACGGAGGUUUCCGAGGCGGAGGUGGCGGGUGCCGGGACGACCGCGCCAGCAGAGUCCCCACAAGCGACGGUAGCAGCAGCGGCAACAAUGCCGCCGACGGCGGCAGAGAUCCUCGCCGACCGUGCGUCGGCGGAGGCGGAGCUGAGGGCCCACGCGACGGGGCUGCUCGCGGCCGGGCUCCUCUCCAGGGAGCUGUCCGACCUCAUCGUCAACAAGGGCUUCGCGGCCCACCUGGUGCAGAGGCUGAGGGAGGGACCGGUGGCGGACCACCUGCGGGCCGAGGCCGCCAAGGAGAACCACCGGAAGGCGUCAUCAGGCGACGGCUUGGCGCGGGACGGGGGGGGUUCUGCGGGUGGGCAAAGCGGGGACCCGUCGGUGGCCGUCGGCGCCGCGGCUGGUUCUGCCGCCGCUGCCGGCGGCGGCGACGGCGCUCCUGCUGCUGCUGCUGCUGCUGCUGUCGGCGCAGCGGAGGCGUCGGCCGCACAACAGCCGGCACCGACGUACGGACGUUGGGCUAACGUCGCGGCGGUGGAGGCGGAGCACGUGGCUGCGUGCAUGAGCGGCAUCGGCGGGUACCAGGAGAUCUUGACCCCGCUGUUCAGCGGGGAUGGCUUAGCCGUGGUGGACCUCCUGCUGGCGAACCCGCAGCUGGAGAUCAGGGGGCACGCCGUGGAGCUGCUGUCUACGCUGCUCGUACACAAGAAGGUGGGAUUGGCGUUUGUCCGACGGGGGUGGGUCCGGACUCUCCUUCGACUGGGGGCUCUCGACGACGGGAAUGCUUUCCUGGAGCCCGAGGUGGGCUACUGCCUCCACGUGCUGGCCUCCAGCGGCGGGGUGAUGGAGGCUGUGUGCAGAGCGCAGUUCUGGGAGUCGGCGAUGCGUUUCCCGCCGGCUCUUGAGGCGUUCGAUCAGUACGGAGGCGUGUCCAAGCUUGUCUAUCUCCUGCUCCCAACCGGGCAGAGCUACCCGGACGGGGCUGCUGCUUCUGGGACGGGCGCGGGCGGCCGCGGUCGCACCGUCGCCGCUGCCACCGGUACAGAAUCCACCGGCGCAAGCGCACGCAGCAACGGAGAAUCGUCGUCACCCCCCAGGCAGCGGAUACGGUGGUGGCGCAGUUCGCUCGAUGCGCCCAACGGCGGCAGUGGUCUUGCUGGGGGGCAGGGGCAAGGUGGCGGCAGUUCCUCGGCGACGCCCCAUCGCCGUACGCAGGUGACUCUGGGCGCUUGCGGUUGCGUCCGGCAGUACCUCAGGUGCAGCCUCGCGCUCGCCGUGCUCAAGCAACGGGGGGGCUCCGCGGCGGCGGGCGGGCACGUCUCCAGGUAUCACCACCACCAGCAGCAGCAGCGUGCGCGUCGAGGGAGCGAUUCGUUGUCGGAGGCGGCGGCGGCGGCGGCAGGAGUAACGCCUCCUUCACCGUCUUUGUCGCGGGCGCCCGGGCGACAGGCCUGGCAGUGCAAGCCUCUGGCAGUAGAUGACGCCAGCCACGCGGCGAAUGUGGCGGCGGUGAAAGGGCAGGGAGGGUUGGGGGGCGGCGGGGAAGGAAGGACGGCGGCGGGCGUGAGGGACAGGGAGGCCGUGACCGUGCGGCUUGGGAUGCAGUGGUCCCCGGCGGUACAAUUGAUGCACCAUCGUGGCAUGCAGGCGCUCAUCAACGUGGUGGACGCUAUGUUGAGCCAGAGGACGGGGGCCGAAGCUGUGGUAUACGCGCUCGAUGCCCUCGGGACAGCAGCUCUCUGCCCCCUGGUUUACCCGGAGUUCUGCCGCGCGGGCCCCAACUCCCCCGCGGGCGACGGCGAGCGGUCAUCGUCCACUCCCGCCCGCGACGGCAGCGACGGUGAAGCCGCACGAUCGCAGCCCCCGCUGCCGCCGCAGCCCGGUGGCGGUAGGGCGUCCUCCGGGAGCGGGGGGCGCCGUGGCGCAGGCGGAAGAAGCGCGAGGCGUGGCGGUGGUGGGCGGUCGGGGGAAGGUGAUGAGGGAGGAGGUGGGGGCGGCAGCGGGGGAGGAGCGCUCCCGCGCAACCGUCUGGGGGUGGACGUGUUGCUGGAUGCGGCGGCGGGGGUGCGGCAGAAGGAUCCGGGGGUGAUGUGCGCCGCUCUGGAUGUGCUAGACCGAUGCUGUCGGCCGCACAAGGGGUGCGGGCCCUUGAUUCAACCGGGAACGGCGACUUCCUCCUUCGCCGCCACCGCCGGCGGCGACUCAACGGCAACUCAGCCCGGCGGCGCCACCGCCGCUAGCAACAGUCACAGCGGCAACAGCAGCAGCAGACCUCUACACGACGGCGGCGGCGGCGGCAGUAACAGGUCGGGACCGGCUGCCGCAGCCGGAGGAAGAGGGGGCACCGCAGAUGGGUGCGGGGGGGUCGUCGGGGCGGAGUUCAAGCGGCCCUCGGCGAGCGGCGACCCUGCCGUGGCAAUCGGGUACAGAAACAACCUUCGCCUCGUCAGCGGCGGAAGAAGCUCGCCUAGGGGAGGCGGCGGCGGCGGCGGCGGCGUUACAUUUGCCGCCGGGUCCCGGCGUGACGGUAGCGGUAGCGCACAAGGCAGCGGUGAUUGCGUGGUGGACGACCGGCUCCAGCGCCCCAUGCGCAAGCUGAUCAGGGAGAGUAACGGGCUCCGGGUGCUCGUGGGACUGCUGCGCUACCGGAGGCAGGUGGUCGCCGCGGACGCCGUCCGGUUGAGGGCGGCGAUGUGCCUCCUGGGUCUGGCCCACGACGUCCACAUCGCGCAGAUGCUUGAGAAGAUGCGCAUCACCGCCACCCUGAGCGACACCGUGCGUGCGGGCCCAGUGGUUGGCAGGAACGUGGAGACGUACUCCAAGUUGCGGGAAGCGGCCAAGCAGAUUAUCGCGAGGGUCGCCGGCCGGUUAAGCGGCACGGUGGGCAAGAGCGGCCUCAUGGACCCGGCGGUAACCGGCCUCGAGCGAGCCGCUGUCGUAGCCAACACGCCCAUAACCUUCAGGUCGAGGGAGCUUCUGGGGAUCAUCCACGAAUACCUCGCCGCCAACGGACUCGCCGGCGCCGCGGAGGCGUUGGCCUCAGAAGCGGGGAUAACGCCGGGCAUGACGGCGGCGGCUGGCGGCGGCGGCGGAGCGGGCGAGUCUCCCCUCCCUAGCUACGCCGCCGCCGCCGCCGCCGCCGCCGACGGGUGGAGCGGCGGCGGGACAAGCGCCCCGCUAGCGACGGAAUCGGCGGCGAAGCUAUUGCCACCUGCGCUGCUGUCGCCUGCCUCUUGCUCCGCCGGCCCGGAGGCUGACCGGAGGAGAGCUGGGGGGAGGAGCGGGGGUAGCCGUGAUGGCAACCCCGAGGGGGACAAGAAGGGCGGCGCUAGGGGGGUUAAGCGGUUGUCCUUUUCCACGGCGGCGGCGGCGGGGGGAAAGGGGAAGGGCGUCGCCGCGGGAUCAGGCGGCACCGGCGGCGGCGGCGGCAAGAAAGGGGGGGAGGCAAAGGCGGGGACGGCAUCAUCGUUGAAGCGGUCGACCUCUCGCUCUAGAAGUUCGGCAGCCGGCUAUCCGGAGGGGGAGGGAGCGGGGGCCGCGAAGCGCCCUAGGCUCGCGAACCCCGACGCCGGUCCAAGCACGGAGGUUGGCGACUCAAGUCAUGCCGACGAUGGUGAUGAGCCCAAGAGCAAGCAAGUAAAAGAAGAACAUGAUGCGGCAGAACUGAGGGAUAUCGGCGGUAGCGGUCGCCCGGCCCCCCGCACCCGCGCCCGCUCCCCCGCCAUACCGGCGAUGACGCCGAUGGGGCGAGCGGGAAGGAUAGCCGCCGCUUUCUCGUCGCCGAGCUACUUCGGCGAUUGCGGCGCCGGGCGACAUAGCGGGAACCCUGCGGCAGCCUCCGGUCACCGACGACGGCCGCCGCCGGGCGGUGUCCCGCCGAAGGCGGGCGCGACGCCGGGAAAGACCUCUUCCCGGGCAGAAGGAGGGGGCGGGAGCGGGAGCGGGGGGGGGCGGGCGCGAGCGAAGCCGGAGCGGUCGUCAUCUACGUCGUCACGGCCGAGUACCGCCUGCUCCUCUCCGUUUUCCGGCGGCGGCGGCUGCUCGUCGUCGUCUGCGAGCGUCGCCGCGGGCCGGGGGAAGCGCUCUACGAGGACGGCGACGGCGACGGCGGUCUCCUCGGUGCCUGCUGCUGCUGCCGCCGCCGCCGCCGCCGCCGGCGGUGGGGGUGCUUGCGCUGGUGGCGUUACCGAGGGACGGGGGGCGAUGACGACGCCCCGUGUCGCCGGCGGCGAGCGGGAAGACGGCAGUUGGGCGGCGGCACCGCCAGUAGGGACUCCGCGUAGUCUUUACAACAACGGCGACCCGUCGGUGUCACCGUGGACGGCGACGGCGGCGGCGGCAACAGCCCCUUCGGAAAAGGGUGGUUGCAGACGCGGAGGGAAAGGUGCCGGUUCGCUCGAGAGCCGGCGCGGCGGCGGAGGCGGCCAGCGAGGAAGAGGAAGAGGGACCAUAGCAGUCGGCGGCGGCGGCGGCGGCGGCGGUGGCACUAGGCGAGAAGGCGGCGAUGGAGCUGCUCCUGCUGUCGCGGGAACGACGGCUCUCGACAAGAUCGUCACCAGCUUCUUGAGGAACCAGCACGAGCGGUGCUCGGAUCCCAUUUGCGUGUUGCCCCCGCUGUCGCUCUCCGAACCGCACCAGUGCCCCGGGAGGACUCCCGCGGGGGCCAUGGGAUCCGGGGCGCCCCCGAACGUUGCAAAACGCGCGCUUGCUUGGCAGGCGGUACCACCCCUGGGAGGAAGGGGAGGCGCUCGACUACAAAAAGAGUUCGUUUACUCCCGGUUCCGGCGGAUCCGAUCCAUACAAGACCCGGAAGAUGUCAUCACUGCUUCCUCGUUUGCCAGGAGGCCUGGGGGGGGCGCCAGCCGCUUGUGGGUCGGCACGCACGUUGGAGUUGUGAAACUCUGGGAGACGUUUUCGAUGAGCGUCGAGGGACGAUGGCGAGUGAGCCAGCACCCGGUGACGAGCAUCGAGCAGCACCCGGGGGACAGUAGAGUCGGCCGGAGCCUUCCAGCAGGAUCGGGCAUGUCACCUUUGCUCCUUACCAGCGUUGGCUCCGGCUUCGAUUCGGAAGCCUUGUUGUGGAAAGCCUUAGGCAGGACGGACGUUAAUCCCGAAGAUGCCGACCAGCAGGAAGAGCAGCCGCUAUUCAGGUGGCAAGGGCUUCGCGCCGCUCGCUUCGACCACGGGGGCACCCGCGCCGCGGCGGUCGUCUACCCACAGAUCGGAGGGCUCGGCGAGGACCAGCGGUACAUUCAGACGUGGGGUGCUCAGGUCCUGGACGUGGAAACCGGCAGCGUGUUGGCGAGGCUCUGGGACGCGCGGUCGCGGCCCCUGUACCCGCUCCCGAACAUCGGGUUCAACGCGACGGACGAUCUAGUGGUCACCGACGGGGCUCUCUGGGACCCCAGGAGAGGGCUCCGCGUGUAUCAGUUCGACAAGCUCGGUGGCGGCGGGGGCUUCGGGUUGUUCCACCCCAACGGCAACGAGGUCGUGGUAGACGAAGGAGUUUGGGACCUGAGGACCCACCGCCUGCUCCGGACACUGCCCUGCCAGGACGGGACUGUCAUGAAGCCGGACCCCGGGGGCGACGUAUUAUACACCUACAAACCAGCGCCGGCCGGAGACUUCUUCGACCUGCCGCAGAAGCGUGCAGCCCAAGACACGUGUUUCGGCGUGCUUGACUCGUCGACCUACGACCAGAUCCACUCGCACGACACGGAGAAGGCCGUGAUUCAGCUAUCGACGGAUGAUGGGGGCGGUGAUGGCAGCUGCAUCUCCGUUGUGGAACGGGCGGAUCCGCUGCUCAACACCGUGGAUACCGUGUGCUCGCUGUAUGAGAUCGGUCGAAAGCGCCCUGACGAAGCUGACUCCGACCUGGACGACGCCAUGUCCGAAGACUCCGACGAAGAGUGGGAGGACGCGGACCACUCUGACGGGGGCGACGAUCUUCUUGAGGACGGGCGUUCCCGAUGGACCGCGCGCGGCGGCAGCUCGGGAGAUAGCGAUGACAUCCUCGUGGACGGCGGAAGCAGUGGCAGUGAUAGCGGUAGCGAUGAUGGUGCCGGCACCAGCAGCGGUAGUGAAAGCGAUAUCUUCCAGAGCUUACUUCGGAGACGAGGGGGUGGUGCCGUCUACGAUGCUGCGAGUGCCAGCGGAAGCAGUUCGACGGAUGAUUGGCUCGCUAGGCGGCGGGAAAAUAGGCGGCGGAUAGCACGGCGACGAGGUGAAGUUUCAUCAACGGACGACUCGAACGAAGACGACGAUUCGGAUGAGGAAGUGGAGGACGGUGACGACGAAGAGGAGACAGAGAACUGACGAGACCAGUGGGUUUGACGGUAGAGAAAUGGGGCGGUUCGGAAAAAACCACUUCUCCCGAGCCCCGGAACGAAGUCAGCGAGUCUUCUGGUGCUCCAGGGGGAAGGGACAAAGCCAGACGAUACGGAGGUCGACAGAAAUCUCUUGGUAAAUCGUUUCUAGCUGGUGUCGCCACCACUGCUAACCGACAGGAACGGAGUGAGUGACCCGUAGUUGUGUAGGAUUUGCCACGACAACAGGUGGGAAUCGCACAUGGAGAACGGGUGCACAGGAACGCAAGGCCGAUGUGAGGGUCGCGUGGGCAUGACUUCGCGUGGUAGACAACCCACCAUGCGGCCAGACGCGGUGUGAUAACGACAGACAGGUUUGCAUCCCAGUCCGCCCGGGAGGCGGUUCUCCAUCCUGCGGGGCCACAGGUUGUUUCAAGGUUUCUUCUUCCAACCGUUGUUGCCAGACGAAUGCGCUGCUUUGUUGUGACGUCUUGUUCGGUGUUCGGUGAUUUGUGUAUGUUUCUCCACCCAAGCUGCUGUUUGGCCUCAUUGCCUUC